AUGGAGUAUAUUCAGCCCAACCACAUUUACACGCGCAUACUCGAAAACAUUCCCUGGAAGUCCGCAGAUCCAUCGGUGAAAGGGGAUCCGCGGAAAAGUGUUAAGUGGAUUGAUGGUCUUCGAGGCAUCGCAUCAUUCCUAGUCAUUCUCACUCACCUUGCCCGAGCAUGGGACUAUAACCUCUUUUCUCCCCGCGACGAUGUGGACACCCCUCCCCGAAUUCUGCAGUGGCCCGUUUUCCGUAUUCCUUGGCAGGGCCGUCUUGGUGUCACCAUCUUCGCCUUCUUGACCGGUUAUGUUUGUGCCCUUAAGCCGCUCAAGCAGUCUCGCAAUGGCGAUAUCCUUGGAUCUUUCACAUCGGUGGCGAAGAGUGCCUUCCGUCGCCCUCCUCGUCUUAUCUUCCCUGCGACUAUCGCCCUGCUCAUCUCAUGGGGCAUGGCACAAUGCGGCGCCUUCAUUGCGGCAAACCGCUCUGAUUGUUGGUGGUGCCGGUACGCUGCCCCCGAUUUGGAGCCUACCUUCUGGGCUGAGUUUGUUCGGUUGUUCAAAACUUUCCUUGAGGUUUGGACCACUGGAUACAUGGCGUACGAUGAUCACCAAUGGGCUUUGCUUCCGCUGCUCAAGGCAUCUAUGUUGAUCUACAUCCUUAUCUGUGCCACCAUGUUCGUCAAGUUCCGAUUCCGCCUGGUCAUCUACCUGGGAAUGUACCUCUACUUCCACCAGGACGCAGCCAAGAACACCGAAACUUUCCAGAUGCAAGCUAUCUAUGGCAUGUUCCUCAGCGACCUCUCGUAUGAGAAGGGUUUCAAGGCAUUCGUCGACCGUCACAGCUGGGGUCGCAAGGUUGUUUCUGGCACCCUUCUCAUCCUGGGUCUUCUCAUUUGCUCAUACCCCGGAGAGCACCCCGAAUGGUCCACAUGGUCAAACUACAUGGAGAAGGCAUCGCACUACAUCUUCCCCCCGAAAGUCAACGUUGGCAAGCGGUACUCCGCCAUCGGUGUCGACCUCAUUAUCUUCGCUAUCUACAUCUCCCCCUCCACCAAGGAGUUCCUGUCCAGCCGUCUCCUCCUCUGGUUCGGUAAGCAGAGUUUCGCCGUUUACCUCGUUCACGGUACUCUCCUCCGCACCGUUCUGUGCUGGAUGCUUUACGGAAUCACUGGCCAGCCUUGGGAUGGCGAUAUCGUCGACGACAAGGGCAACCCUAUCUACGGUGACGACGGUGAGCCUCUCCACCCGCACUGGAUCCCCAUCCGUGCCCCCUGGGUUGUGGCCAUCAGUAUCCCGACCUGGAUCUGUCUGGUCUACUUCUGCGCCACUCUGUGGACUGGAUACGUUGAUCCCUUCUGUGCGCGCAUGGCCCAGAAAUUGGAGAAGUGGACAUUCCAGGAAUCCGAUGAGGUUCCGCCUCCCCUGCCUAUGACGAGCAUCCCGAUGCAGACCGCUUAA